ACUCACACACUCUCUCACACACACACACACACACACAACAUGGCGGCCUCUAUGUCCCCGCUACGCUCCUCCUUCAGGAUUUGCAGCGCUCUGCCGAGCUGCCGAGCCAGACUGCGGACGCACCGGAACUGCGAGAGCCAGAGCAGGCAUGUGUGCCAGUCGGCGACCAGACGUGCGGCGGUGGUGAUAUCAGGGGUGGAGCUGGCUCGACAGCUCAACAGAGAGACCCAGCGAGAUGUGGAGGAGCUGGUGGCCCGAGGCAACCUGAGACCUCACCUGGGAGUGGUCUUAGUGGGCGAGGACCCUGCCAGUCGCAUCUACGUUCGGAACAAGACCCGGGCCGCCAGCAUACUGGGUAUUUCCAGUGACACGGUGGUGCGGUCGGGCUCCAUCUCCCAGGAGGAGCUGCUGGGUUUGAUUGACAGAAUGAACCGCGACUGGAGGGUCAGUGGCCUGCUGGUGCAGCUCCCGCUCCCCGGUAUUGACACGGUGGGGAAGAACGUUCUGGUGGCCGGACGCUCCAAGAACGUCGGUAUGCCCAUCGCCAUGCUGCUGCACUCUGACCGCAACCACGAACGACCCGGAGGUGAUGCCACGGUGACCAUUGCCCACAGAUGUACCCCGAGGGAGCGGCUGAAGGAGCUGACAAGCCUCGCUGACGUCAUCAUCGCGGCUGCAGGUAUUCCCGGGUUGAUCACGGCAGACAUGGUCAAAGAGGGCGCGGCGGUCAUCGAUGUUGGAAUAAACCGCGUCCAGGACCCGAAGACGGGAAAAGUCCGGCUCAUCGGAGACGUGGACUUUGAGGGGGUGAAGCAGAAGGCGGGUUUCAUCACUCCGGUUCCUGGUGGGGUCGGCCCAAUGACAGUCGCCAUGCUGAUGAGGAACACUGUGACUGCUGCCAGAAACGCACUGAUGCACUGA